AUGGCGACGCGCCCGGGGGUGUGGUACGAUUUCCCGUGGGCGAACGUCGGCGCUUUGAAGUACGCGGUGUUCGCGCCGUUUGUACUUGCCGUCGCGUUGGGGAAAGAUGACGCGGAUUCGUUCUGUUGGCACUUGUUGGCAAUCGCGGCGGCGCGAUACGUAAACGCGCAGCUUUGGAUAAGCCUCUCGAGAGUACACGCGUGGACGAGGAACACGCGGAUACAGGCGAAGGGAAUAGACUUCAAGCAGGUCGAUCGCGAAGACCACUGGGAUGAUUACAUAUUGCUUCAAACUCUGGUCAUCGCGGCGGUACACUGGAUGCCGGGUUUGGGGUUCAAGGAUUUUCCGCUCUACUCUGGUAAGUCAUUCGCGCAGCUCGCGCUCUUGCACGCGGGGCCGACGGAGUUCAUCUAUUACUGGCUCCAUCGCGCGCUCCAUCACCACAAGCUGUACAGCGCUUACCACUCGCAUCAUCAUGCGAGUUUCGUUACGGAGCCCAUCACUGGUAGCGUUCACCCGUUCAUGGAACACUUGAUGUACACGGCGAACUUUGCGAUUCCGCUGCUCGGCACGUGGGCGCUCGGCGGCGGCGACAUCGCAAUGUUCUACACGUAUCUGAUCGGCUUCGAUAUCCUGAACGCUAUCGGGCACUGCAACUUUGAGUUUGUCCCGAGAUGGUUCAUGCGCUUGCCGGGGAUGAAGUACCUCAUCUACACCCCAAGCUACCACUCGCUGCAUCACUCCCGCGUGCAUACCAACUUUUGCCUCUUCAUGCCGCUGUACGACUACGUCUACGGCACGGCUGACGUUACAAGCGACGAGCUGUAUGAGAAGGCUAUCACGGGGAACGCGGUACCAGUCAAAGCGCCGGAGGUGGUGUUCAUGGCGCACGGAACCGAGUUAUUGAGCGUGUUUCACCUACCCUUCGUUCUUCGAAGCUUCUCAUCCCGACCGUUCGUGUCGGAGUGGUGGCUGAAGCCGUUUUGGCCGCUUUGUGUUCCGUUCGUCCUGUUAUUACGCGUUUUCGGCAAGUCAUUCGUUGCUGAUCGACACAGGCUGAAGACACUGAACUGCGAGACGUGGGUGACGCCGGCGUGGGGGUUUCAAUUCUUCAUGAAGAGUGAGUUCAAUCACAUCAACAAGAAGAUAGAGGAAGCGAUUUUGGAUGCCGACAAAUCGGGCGUUCAAGUCGUGGGUUUGGGGGCGCUGAAUAAGAAUGAGGCGCUGAACGGUGGCGGUGCGCUAUUCGUAAACAAGCACGGGAAGUCCCUGAAGACCAGGGUCGUGCACGGGAACACCCUCACUGCGGCGGCAAUUUUGCAGAAGAUUCCGAACGACUGCAAGGAAAUUUUCCUCACCGGGGCGACUUCCAAGCUCGGGCGAGCCAUUGCGCUUUACUGCGCGGAGCGAGGGGUGCGGGUGGUGAUGUACACGACGAGCGAAGAAAGAUUCGAGAUGAUUCGCGCAGAAGCGCCCAAGAAGGAUCAGCACCUCUUUGUUCAGUCGACGAGCCUGACUGACGGCGCGAACAUCAAGGACUGGGUCAUCGGCAAGCACUGCAGCAUGAAGGAUCAAAAGAGUGCACCACGUGGCGCGACGUUCCAUCAGUUUGUCGUGCCACCGAUCCCAGAGAGCCGCAAGGAUUGCGUGUACACCGAUCUCCCCGCUUUUAAGCUUCCCAGGGAGUCGAAAGACUUCCGUUCGUGUGAGAUGACCAUGCCGCGCGGUCAUGUUCACGCGUGCCAUGCCGGGGCCUUGGUGCACGCUCUCGAGGGGUGGGACCACCACGAGGUAGGUGCUAUCGACCAUACGCGCAUAGAUUUAACUUGGGAGGCGGCGCUGAAACAUGGUUUUUCGCUCGCGUAA